GUGGAGCCGGAGCUCAGAGGGCCUGAGAUAGUCACCAUGGGGGAGAACGACCCUCCGGCCUCUGAGGCCCCCUUCUCCUUCAGGUCGCUCUUUGGCCUUGAUGACUUGAAAAUCAGCCCUAUUGUACCAGAUGCAGACGCAGUGGCCGCCCAGAUCCUGUCGCUGCUGCCCCUCAAGUUCUUUCCGAUCCUGGUUGUGGGGCUCAUCGCGCUGAUCCUGGCGCUGGCCAUCGGCCUGGGCAUCCACUUCGACUGCUCUGGGAAGUACAGGUGUCGUUCCUCGUUCAAGUGCAUUGAACUGUCAGCUCGAUGUGACGGGGUCUCGGAUUGCAGAGACGGGGAGGACGAGUUCCGGUGUGUGCGGGUAAGUGGCCAGAACGCAGCGCUGCAGGUGUUCACGGCCGCUGCGUGGAGGACCGUGUGCGCCGAGGACUGGAAUGGCCACCACGCAGAGGUCGCCUGUACCCAGCUGGGCUUCCCAAGCUAUGUGAGCUCUGACGACCUCCGAGUGGACCUGCUGGAGGAGCAGUUCCAAGGGGCCUUCGUGGCCAUCAACCACCUUCUGCCUGAUGACAAGGUGACCGCGCUGCAGCACGCAGUGUACCUGAGGGAAGGGUGCACCUCAGGGCGAGUGGUCACCUUGACGUGCAUAGCCUGCGGCCGGAGGACGGGCUACAGCCCACGCAUUGUAGGUGGCAACGUGUCCUCACUGGCCCAGUGGCCCUGGCAAGUCAGCCUCCAGUUCCAGGGCUACCACCUGUGCGGGGGCUCUGUCAUCACGCCCCUGUGGCUCGUCACCGCUGCGCACUGCGUCUAUGACUUAAACCUUCCCAAGUCCUGGGUGGUGCAGGUGGGGCUGGUCUCCCUGCUCGACAGCCCGGCCCCGUCCCAUGUGGUGGAGAAGAUCGUCUACCACAGCAAGUACAAGCCCAAGCGGCUGGGCAACGACAUCGCCCUGAUGAAGCUGGCCGGGCCGUUGGCCUUCGACGAGCUGGUCCAGCCUGUGUGCCUGCCCAACUCCGAGGAGAACUUCCCAGAUGGAAAACUGUGCUGGACCUCAGGCUGGGGGGCCACGGAGGAUGGAGCAGGAGAUGCCUCCCCUGUCCUGAACCACGCGGCCGUGCCCCUGAUUUCCAACAAGAUCUGUAACCGCAGGGAAGUUUACGGUGGCAUCAUCUCGCCCUCCAUGCUAUGUGCAGGCUACCUGAAGGGCGGCGUGGACAGCUGCCAGGGAGACAGCGGGGGCCCCCUGGUGUGUCAGCAGAGAAGGCUGUGGAAGCUGGUGGGAGCCACAAGCUUUGGAAUCGGCUGUGCCGAGAUGAACAAGCCUGGGGUCUACACUCGCGUCACCUCCUUCCUGGACUGGAUCCAUGAGCAGCUGGAGAGGGACCUGCAAACCUGAGGAUUGGGGGACCGCGGUCACCUGAGCACCAGGAGCGUCUGUGUGGGAUGAUGGAUGUGAGCUCGUGCCCUCUGCACCUGCUUAGUCGAGCCAGACUGAACUGGUGGAGGGGCCGCUCACCCCCUUGCCGCCUGACACCCCUGCUCCUGAGGCUGCUCAUGAGCUCCUGGCCUGCAGAUGAACCCGGACGCCCCUUUGCGAACUUCACCAUGAGCAGAAGCAGAGGCGCUGCCUGCUGAGUGCUGCCCACUUCCAUGCGUCCAUCACUGACCCCUGCUGGGAGCGCAGGCACAACUGUUGACCAUGCAGGCCACCUGGGGCUGCUCGAGGUCCUGUCUGUGAAGUUUCACGCCUGCAGACAGCAAUGUUGACUCCUAUCAGGUCCCUGCGCCCGUGGGGGACGCGAAUCCCUCUCCUGAAGGCCGAGUCGCAC